CUGCCUUCAAAAUCAGUUUGCCGACAGCUUCAGCACAGGAGAACUGCUUGUUUGGUGACCCUUCAUUAAUAUAAAUAUGUACGUCAACAACACAACCUGCCAUGUGGACAUCAUGCAGGGUGUGGCAUACUCGCCCUUGCUCCUCCUGGGUUUCCUUCUCAACUCUGCAGCUUUGUACGCCUUCAUCGCUAAACGGGACUCCUGGACCGACACCCACAUCUACAUGCUCAACCUGGCUGCUGCCGACCUGGCCCUGAUCCUGUUCCUGCCCUUCAGGAUCUACGAUGCCUUCCACUGCCUGAGCAAAACCUACUUCUGCACCUUCCUCAUCUCCACCCAUUACAUCAACAUGUACGCCAGCAUCAUGACCAGCGCGGCCAUCAGCGUCCAUCGCUGCGUGGCGGUGCGGUUCCCCCUGCAGGACCGGGCGCGCAGGAAGAAGAAGGCGGCGGCCCUGGCUGUGUGUUUGACCAUUUGGGUGGUCGUGGUGGCGAUCUGUGUCUUAUUCCACGAGUCCAACACCCCCCAAAACCUGUGGACAUGCUAUGAAAGAUGCAAAAAUAAACGACUUCCCCUUGAAUUUCUCUUAACUCUAGUAUUUUUGGGCUUCUUCACUCCACUCCUGAUCAUUGUGUUCUGCUCCAGUUACACCAUUUGUACUCUGUUAAAGACAGAUGACAACUCAGUGGAAAAGAAAAACAUCAUUGGCAUAGUGAGGGCAAACAUGAUUGUAUUCAUUGUCUGCUACACACCAAUCCACACUGCCCUUGUGCUGACCUACUAUGAUCAACCACCUCCAGGUUGGCAGUUCAACAUCACCACAACUCACAAAUUUUUGCUUUUGUCUGAGUGGAUUGCCACCACAAACUGCUGCUUGGAUUCCAUCAGCUAUUACUUUUUGUUGAAAGCUUUUAUCCAUAAAUGCAUUGGACUGGACGAAGAAACCACUGUGUCUUAA